UGCUGCAGCGGAACGCGGAGUCGCAAGCUGUGCACACGACGUCGGGUCUAAAUUUCUCGGGAUUGUCGUGCAAGUGAAACGAAAUAAUCGACACGGGAAUUGUCCCGACGGGCAAAUGCCCGUAAUGCCUACGUAAAUACGCAGGACGUAGUAACGUGUCAGGAUGUGCUGUGGCGAAUCCAGUGUUCCAAGAGAGAUCCGCCGAUUGAAACGCGCAGCCACGCUAUAACCCGUUAUUUUUCCUAUCAAAAAGAGGCACGCGAAAGUACACCUCGCUUUCUUCGUCUCGGUACGCUCCUACGCUCGUGUUGUCAACAAUUUGCAAAAUAAUUUGUGGGGGAUAGCUGCGUGCCAUCCCUCGUGCUUCCACGAGCAUUAACCAAGGCCACGUGGACCACGUCGGGAGCCUAAAAAAAUAUGUGCCAGUAUGUCCGAAGCCGAUGCGCCAGAAGCAGCGAGCGAGAUCGACAGGCAGGCGUCGGUUUACGUGUUUCCUGGAUCGGGUCGACAGCACUAUCCCACUUCGGCACCGGCACAGCCAGCUACUUUCGCAGUCGAUGUCGCCUCCACGACUACCGUUUCAUCGUCCGCACCAUCGAGCGCCGUCGCGAAGAACAACAGCGAGAACGACGACGAGUCCGCAGCGCGAACCCGAAGAAGGCCGUGCUCGAGGACCCACGCAAGGUCGGCCAGUCACGGCGGCGUGUUGGUGGAAUGUCUGACGAACACGGGAUUCCAGCAACACGGUUCCCAUCUGGGGCCCCUGUCCACGAUCAGCGGCUCGAGGCCCUCGGCCCUCAAGAAGCCUGGCCACCAGAGAGCCUUCAGUCAAGGCCAGGUGGUCGAUGUUCAAGGACACGCCGUCACGGGGCACAGCCGCGUCGGCUCCAGGACAGACUUCAUCCUACCGCCGGGCCACAGGGAGGACUCGAGGCCGCCCACCGCUGGGAAAGUGCCCUCGUUUCGAGGCCACUCGCGCCAAGCGUCCAGAUCGGAGUCGAUAUACACGAUAAGACGUAGCGCGGAACCUCCCUGGUGGAGGAAAGUCUGGGCCCGGUGCUUCGGACCCAUACCAGAGGAACCUCGUUUAAGGACAAUAGUACCGAAUCAUUUAGUGCCGCCGAAAACGCCGCCGAGUCAGCAUCCCAACGGCAAGAGAGUGAACAAUAGAGUACGCACAACAAAGUACACCAUACUGAGCUUCCUACCUCGCAAUCUCCUCGAACAAUUUCGCCGCGUGGCCAAUAUAUAUUUUAUAUUUAUCGUUCUACUUAAUUGGGUGCCAGCCAUAAACGCCUUCGGCAAGGAGGUCGCGAUGAUACCGGUGAUGUUCGUGCUGGGUGUGACAGCGCUGAAAGAUUACUUCGAGGACCGGCGAAGGCUCGCCAGCGAUCGUCGCGUCAAUAACUUCACCUGUCGCGUUUACGUCGGCGAAGUCGAUAGGUAUGCGAAAGUAGCGUGGAAAGACGUGAAGGUCGGUGACCUGGUGCACCUCUCGAAUAACGAACUCGUGCCGGCCGACGUGCUGCUGCUGAGAAGCAGCGAUCCUCAGGGUGUAGCUUAUAUCGACACGUGCAACCUCGACGGGGAGACUAAUCUAAAGGAACGGCAAGUCGUCAGAGGAUUCGUCGAUCUCCAGGACACGUUCCAACCAGCCAAGUUUCGAUCAGUGAUCGAGGUCGACCAACCGAGCACCAGGAUAUAUAGGUUUCACGGAGCCGUCGUUCAUCCGAACGGCCGCAGAGUACCUGUCUCUACUGAGAAUCUUCUGCUCAGGCAAUGCUUGUUAAAAAAUACCGAUUUCGUGGAGGGUAUCGUGAUAUACGCUGGUCACGAAACGAAAGCGAUGCUCAAUAACGGCGGACCUAGGUACAAGCGUUCGCGACUGGAAAAACGAAUGAACAGCGACGUUAUAUGGUGCGUGGCAAUUUUAGUGGUGCUGUGCGUGAUAGGCGCCACCGGGUGUAGACUCUGGCUCUCCGAGUUUACCGGUUUGACGUUCGUUCCGUUCAUACCGGUCCUUCAGGACCCAAACUACGAGAGCAUGUUGACGUUCUGGACGUUCGUGAUAAUCCUGCAAGUGAUGAUACCGCUGAGCCUGUACGUCACCAUCGAAAUGGCGAAAGUGGGCCAGAUUUAUCACAUCGGACACGACGUCGCUCUAUAUGACGCGGAGACGGGACGUUCGGCUGAAUGCCGCGCGCUCAAUAUCACCGAGGAAUUGGGUCAGGUGCAGUAUAUAUUCUCCGAUAAAACUGGCACGCUCACGGAAAACAAAAUGCUGUUUAGGCGGUGUGCCGUGGGUGGACAAGACUAUUCGCACGGUGGGGACGAUGAGAACCCAGUACCUUCCUCAAGACUGAAAGAGGAUCUCCUCAUAAGCACGUUUAGACACCACCUGCAAGAAUUCCUAAUCGUGCUAGCAAUAUGUAAUACCGUUGUGGUCAAUUCCCAGCCCCAUUACGAUUCUAUGAAUUCAAGCGGAGUCAUCCAGGAACCUCAGAAGAACGGUGAACAAACGGGCAGAUAUACAAGAAUGAUAGAUAGGAGCUUAACUCCGUCACCUAUCAUACCUUUGUCUACACUGUCACACCCGACCAACAGCCUCGACGAGAACGUGUCGUCGAUUUCUUCAAUGGUCGAAGCAGAGUCUGUUCUGAACAACUCGACGAAGUUAGCGAGUAAAUUGCCAAGGCCAAAAUUCUUAAACGUAGCUUCGAUACCAAGUUUAGGAAUGGGAUUACUGGGAAGAAAACUGUCCCCGAACGGAGCGCAUAAGAGACGCAGUCCGUUAACUCCGAUCGACGGCAUCGAUAAGAACGGUGACGAAUUGUUACGUUCGACUGCAAUUUACGAAGCCGAAAGUCCGGACGAACUUGCUCUUGUGAAUGCAGCCCGUGCUUACGAUGUGAAGCUUCUUAAGCGAACGACGUGUAACGCGAUCGUUUGCCUGCCAGAUAAAUCUAUUCUUACUUUCGAGAUUCUUCAUAUUCUGCCGUUCGAUUCUAAUCGGAAAUGUAUGUCUAUUUUGGUGCGACAUCCUCUCACGAACGAGUUCGUUGUUUAUAGCAAGGGUGCUGAUACAAAGAUAUUGUCUUCUCUAACUCCUCAAGAUGAGAAUUCGAUACCGACGAUGAAAGUUCGACAGUAUAUGCAAUCGUACGCGCGUCAAGGCCUUCGGACUUUAGUGAUGGCGAAGAGAUCCCUGACGCCGCAAGAAUACGAGAAUUGGCGUCAGAAGCAUCACGACGCCGAACUCGCAAUGGAGAAUCGCGAAGCCCGUAUUCAAGAAUCGUACGCGAAUCUUGAAUCUCAUUUGACCCUCUUAGGUGCCACUGGUAUCGAAGAUAAACUUCAAGCCGGAGUACCGGAGACUAUGGCUACUCUCGUGGCAGCCGGGAUCGUAAUUUGGGUUUUAACAGGAGACAAACCGGAAACGGCAGUCAAUAUCGCCUACUCAGCGCGUCUUUUUUCGCCUGCGAUGCAAUUAUUAUGGUUGCAAGCGAGGUCGAAGACUGUUGCCGAAGCCUUGAUUCAUGGAUAUCUAGAAUCCGCUCGUAAGGAAAGUACGAUUCAUGGAAUAGAUAAUAUCAGAGAAAUCUCGAUGUUUAAUCGUGAUGCGGCAGAGAAUGACGCACACAGAAUAGACAGCCCGUGGCCAAAGCAACGCGCACUCGUCGUAGACGGUAAAACUUUGACCGUCAUUCUCGAUCCACGAUCAGGAUUGACGCGACCGUUUCUCGAGCUGACAAAGACAUGUUCCAGCGUGUUAGCUUGUCGAGCUACGCCUCUUCAAAAGGCAUACAUAGUACGCAUAGUAAAAGAACAAUUGGGAAUGAGAACCUUGGCGAUCGGGGACGGUGCGAACGACGUUAGUAUGAUACAAACUGCGGAUGUGGGAGUCGGUAUAUCCGGACACGAAGGAACACAAGCCAUUAUGGCCGCAGAUUUUGCGAUCUCACGAUUCUCGAUGCUCAGCAGGCUCCUUCUGCUUCAUGGCCAAUGGUGUUACGAUCGCCUGUCCAGAAUGAUUUUAUAUUUUUUUUACGAGAACGCUACCCUUGUGUUUGUUUUAUUUUGGUAUCAGCUCUACUGCGGUUUCACGGGGACAGUUAUGAUGGACCAAAUUUACUUAAUGUUAUAUAAUUUAUUGUUCACGUCAAUGCCGCCGCUCGUAUUGGGCAUAUACGAUCGCGUGGCCUCGCCUAGUGUUCUUUUAUCGAUGCCCCAUCUUUACAAAAGGGGACGCCUCGGACUCGUGUAUCAGCCGCAUUCCUUUUGGAUAACCAUUGCCGAUGCUUUGUACCAAAGUAUCGUUAUCUUUUUUAUUAACGAGGGCGUGUACUACGAUUCGACUAUUGAUGUAUGGGAAUUCGGAACUACCAUACUGACCUGUUGCAUUGUAAUUAUGUUGACUCACAUCGCCAUAGAAAUUAGAUCCUGGACUAUAAUACAUCUUUUCGCUGUAGCUGGAUCGUUGGGAGUGUUUUUCGGUUUCGCUUUAAUUUACAAUGCCGUUUGUGUUAAUUGCAUGGGUCUCCUUUGUUCCUAUUGGGUAAUGGAAAUGGCCAUCGCGAAGUACACGUACUGGCUCACAGUAAUACUUACCUGUGUUUUGGCAUUAUUACCACGAUUAUUCUAUAGAACUGUAAUGACGACAAUAACUCCGGAUCUCAUGCAAAGUGCCGCGCUUAACGCCCCAUCGAAAAGUGGUGGCCAUAGGCAACGAAUCGCCGAGAGGAGUGAGAAUAAUUUUAUUGCCGGUUGGUCACGUUCAACGCAACACGCUACUAUAAGAAUCGGAGCUGAACACGAGACGUUGACAACUAUCGUUGCAUGACAUAUCUCGAGGUAUCACAGAAGACUGUCGGCGCGUUGUAAUAGAACGAUCGAUACUGUUAAACGGCGCUGCACCAUUAAACUUACCGGGAUACAAGGCGACGCCUCCUUUGCCGCAUUUCAAUCUCUACUGUUCCUAAGAUUUGCAAGAGUGCCGUUAGGGAGUGUACCGCGUUCGUUUCAAUGUGUAUUUUUUUCACCGAUAAGUGCUUUAGUAACUGUAUUAGCAAUUGAGAUGAUUCUUUGCAUUGUCAAUCGAGUAUUAGUACUUUUUAAUUGAAUCGUGUGGCCUUAAAUUUCAGACUACUGUUUAUUGCAUUUGAUGGCUGUGACUUUUAGGGACCAAGACUGCUAAUUCAGUAGUAACAUUGAAAAGCGUACGAACGAACCACGUGCAUGUGUUCGUGCGCGCGUUUUCUGGUUCUAUAUCGAAUCAGUUAAUUAUUCAGGUCGCAAUUAUUCUUUAUGGAAUAAGCGUAAAAGAGUGUAUAUUGUAAAAAGAAAUACGCGGAACAUACAUUGUCUCUUACGAAGUGUAUUUGUCUCUUCGUAUAGCAUGCCGCAAGCGUAACGCUUGUAUUAAUGUAAUUUCCGAAAUAUAAUCGUCUGCCAGUAUAGAGGUUCUAUUAAUCGUGUACGUUAGAUGUUAUUACACGUUGCACGUGUCGAUAUAGUAUUUUGAUAAGCGAGAAAGGACAACAUGGGUGUAUGUAAUUCUUAUCAGUAAAAGGAAGUGUUCUCUAAAA